GUCGCGUUUCAAUUCUCUCACCACUCUUAUUAGUUUAAGUUGCGCAAACGGAUAACCAUCACGAGUAAUUUGCGAUAGGUUGCCGUAUUUAACUAGGUAUUUUGCAGUGCACCAUCAGAGGAUUAUCUGUUUCUUGGACCCACUAGACGUUUCGAGUACAAAUCCUAAUACUUGUACUAUUUGUUUAGGUCAUUGGCUGUUUUCAUCAUCGAUGCCUCUCGCCGAAAAACUUUGAAUUGGUUGAUCCUGAAAACCUGGAAAGAGCAAAGGUCGCCGAGUCGCGCCCUACCUCUCGAUUCUCAUGGCUCCAAACUUUCGCCAGAACACGCAAACGCGACGCGGAAACCGAAGCGGUUAUGUCGAGCACGACGACUUCGAGGGUUUACCCGUUAGACAAUGGCGUCAAGAAUGGGUCAAGAUUGCGCCGCCGCCCCCUCCCGACACCACCCAAAAGAAUGAUGUAUGGGCAAUUGAACUCCCACAUGGCAUGCCCAAGGACUCGCAUUUGCUCCCCACACAUACGCAAGAGCUAUUAAGGGCAGCUCGCUCUGGAAGAUUAUACAAACGUCCACCGCCUGCUGAAGAAGAGGAGGUCGACCCGGAUGCUGCCCUGGCCGAGAAGACAGACAAAAAGGAGGAAGAUCCAAGCACUAAAGGUUACCAAGUCAAGGUCUGGAAACAGGUCGCUCGAAAUGCCGAGGGAUCUACUAUCUCGCAUCUGGCUAAAAGGAGGAAAGGCCUUAUCACCUUGUCCUCGAGUCUCCCGGCCGGACCGUCGUCUGGGCCUACUAUAAUGAAAGCUACCGUCCGUCGUAUCGACGCUGCCGGCAACCCAUAUACACAGGAGAUUACCUUGGAUGAAGGCCAGCCAGUAGACGGAGAAAUCAUAUCGACCACCGUCGUACCAGCACCCAAUGCUGCUGCAAGUGCCGAUGCAUCUGUUGCCGCAACACCCGUGAGAAGGCGACCACCGCCACCUAAGAGGAAGCCUAAGGGUCCCGGAAGAGGGCGUAAGAAGAAGCUACCUUUACCCGCAAGUAUACAGUCCGAGGCAACAGUCGCGGGCGUGGAUUCUGCUGCUGGGAGUGCUAAAGUAAGCGACCCGGAAAAUGGGGACGUGAAACCAGGCGACCAGUCCGAAUCUAAGAACCAGGAUAGUGAGAUGGCCGACGACGAUGAGGGAGAUGAUGGCGAAGACGACGGAGAGGAAGGCGACGAUGGUGAUGAGGGUGACGAAGAGGAUAGCGAGAUGCCCGAUGGAGACGGCGGGACGACUUUCCAGGCCGAUAGCGAAACUAAAAGCGAAGCAAAAACUGAUCCAUCUCCUACGUUGAAAACUUCAUCGACUGUUGUCCAAACAGAGCCCUCCACUGAGGCGACGCCGGUGCAUACUUCAACCGAAGCUGGCUCACCACCACCAAGACUACCUUCGCCUCCUCUUAAUCUUAAUUUAUCCCCCACGCAACCCCUUCUACCACACAUUCCACCACAUUUCGAAGGGAGCCCGCUUAAAAACGUUGUAGCAGCUACCACGUCACCAACUGAUUCACCAUCAAGGUUCGCGCUGAACAACGGAGAGCCUUCCAGUCUCGCCACUACGACUGAAACUAGGUUAGCAGAAGCGCCAUUAGAGCAAGCUCCGGUACCGGUCAAACCCGUUGGAUCGUCUGGCCCGAACGAGACGAAAGCAGAUUUGGAUGUGGAAAUGCCGGGUCUCGUUCCUCCUCCCAACCAUAUAGACAACACAGAGCACACCACCUCGGUCCAGGGAACGCAACAAUCAGGUGACGCAGCUAUUACUGAUACUUUACCAGCUCUAGAUACUGCCCAGUCCCAAGUCGAGGACAUCCCUGCAACACGUCCCUCACCACAGCCUACGGCUGGCCCAGAAACCAUAAGUACCCUACAGCCGAGCCAGGAUGUUCUUAAGACAUCUGUGGACAUAGAGGCGAACCAAGAACCACUAGGUCCAGAUGCGGCCCCAGCGCCUGCGGAUAUCAUGUCAGCCCCAGGACUCAUCGACACCCAAAUCGAAUCUGCUGUGACAGAAAGAGUAGAAGAGAACGAGCCCGAAAGUCCGGAUUUAUUUAGUGGAUUGGAAGCCGCCUUGAACCAACAAGGCGGGCCGAAAGAGGCAUCAGCUCCUCCGGAAAUCAAAACAGACAUGCCUAAACCAGAAUGACGGCGGUCGAUGGAAGUCUUAGGGAACCUGGUGCCAUGACUAAAUUCAUGCCGAGAGCAGACACGCCUAGGAUGAAUGGGUAGCCUUUGUAUAUGGUAAUGCGUUUUGGUCUGGGGAUGGAGUCGUAGGGUGCGUGAUGCCUGGGUAUAAGCGUCCUUGGAGGCUGAUAGCGAGGUACCCAGGUUUAUCACAUUCAUAAAUAUCUGCGUACGGCCCGAACUUUACAUAGCUGCGGGGAUAUAUGUAAUUAACCAGACAUCCAAAAGAACAUUUUGUACUUUUAAGAGGGAGAAGAAGACUGUCGCCUCUAUUCUUUUCCGUGUCUUUUCGAAAUCAGUACCUUAUGAGGGGAGGUGCCAAUGAAGGCAUCAUGCAUAGAUAGGUACAUGCAUAGAGGUAUCCAAUAGGUAUGUAUAGGUACGUAUAGACGUACGUACCUAUGGAUGUAAGUAGGUAGGUAGGUACGCAUCAAUUAGUGUAACUGGGAAUUGCAAAUUAG